GCGGUGAUGUGAUGGCAGCUGCCAGUGUGAGUCGACCCGGCGGUUUGCCGAACUCAGAGAAAUCCCAGCUCACCUUAAAAGUGUUAUCAGCGAGGCCUCAGUCUCCGAAGCUCCCGGCUCGUCUGGCACGUGGCAGCUCGUUCGUGGAGGUGACGGCUGAUGGUCUGAGCACUGAGACCAAGAAAACCUGCAAACGCAGUGGAACCGACCUGCAGUGGAACGAAGACCUCACACUUAACGUGACUCCUCAGAGCCGGUUGGACCUGAAGUUGUGGAGUUGUCACCCUCUAAGGAAGGAGCUCCUGGGCAGUGCCACCAUCGACCUGCUGGACACACUGCGCACUCACCACGGGAAAAUGGAGAACGUGGAGCUCAGUCUGGAGUUACAGAUGGAGAAUAAAGGCUCGGUUGUGUCGGGUGGAGAGCUGAACGUCUGUUUGGACGGCUUGGUUGUUGAUCUGGGAUCACUGCCCAAUCAGGGUGCAGAAGCUGACAAGAUGCUGCCGAUGGAGUAUGCCAGCCUUCUCAGGACUCAGGGCUCAGAGACGACUGGCUCGACCAACAGCCCCCGCAGAAAUCUGAGAGCAGUAGGUAUAGAUUCUCCGGGAGCUUCAAGAGGACCAGCACUCACUAAUGGAGACACAAACACAGACUCAACAAACCAUGACACAGAUAAAGGUAAUCCUGCAGCAGAAGAAAAUGGGCGUGGCCAGAACACCCCACCAUCACCAUCACUCAGACCAGAUGCCCCUCCCACUGACACCUCUGCCCCACCUCCAUCUGUGGAUUCAGCCCCUCCUACACAGGACCAAAACACACAGCCAGCUGUGGAGGAUUUACCUGCAGGUUGGGAGCAGAGAGUGUUGCCUCAUGGCCGAGUGUACUACGUGGACCACAAUACCAAGACCACCACAUGGGAGAGACCCCUCCCCCAGGGGUGGGAGAAGCGUGUGGAUCAGCGUGGACGCUUUUACUACGUUGACCACAACACUCGGACGACGACGUGGCAGCGGCCCACAGCCGAGUCGGUCAGGAACUUUGAGCAGUGGCAGAGUCAGCGUAGUCAACUACAGGGGGCCAUGCACCUGUUCAACCAGAGAUACCUGUACCAGUCGUCUGGAGCGCCGGUUGAGAAUGAUCCUCUGGGUGCUCUUCCUCCAGGAUGGGAAAAGCGCCAGGACAAUGGCAGAGUUUAUUUUGUCAAUCACAACACACGCACCACGCAGUGGGAGGAUCCUCGAACCCAAGGGAUGAUCCAUGAGCCCCCACUGCCCCCUGGCUGGGAGAUGAAAUACACUGCUGAGGGUGUGAGAUACUUUGUGGAUCAUAAUUCUCGCACCACUACCUUCAAAGACCCGCGUCCGGGAUUUGAGUCAGGCUCACGACAGGGUGGAUCUCCAGGUGCAUAUGACCGAAGUUUCAGAUGGAAAUAUCAGCAGUUCCGUUUCCUGUGCCAUUCCAAUGCUUUGCCCAGUCAUGUGAAGAUUUCAGUUUCCAGGCAGACUCUGUUCGAGGACUCAUUCCAGCAGAUUAUGAACAUGAAGCCGUAUGACCUGCGGAGGAGGCUGUACAUCAUAAUGAGAGGAGAGGAGGGGCUCGACUACGGCGGCAUCGCUAGGCAAUGGUUCUUCCUGCUGUCCCAUGAGGUGUUGAACCCGAUGUACUGUCUGUUUGAAUAUGCCGGUAAAAAUAACUACUGUCUGCAGAUAAACCCCGCCUCCUCCAUAAACCCUGACCACCUCACUUACUUUCGCUUCAUUGGACGCUUUAUCGCCAUGGCACUGUAUCAUGGGAAGUUUAUCGAUACAGGCUUCACUCUGCCCUUCUACAAGCGCAUGCUGAAUAAAAAACCCACGCUGAAGGAUCUGGAGUCCAUCGACCCAGAGUUCUACAACUCCAUCCUCUGGGUCAAGGAAAACGAUGUGGAGGAGUGUGGAGUCGAGCUGUAUUUUGCACAGGACAUGGAGAUUUUGGGAAAGGUGUCCACGCACUCACUGAAGGAUGAUGGUGAGAAUCUCCUGGUCACCCAGGAGAACAAGGAGGAGUACAUCAGUUUGCUGACAGACUGGCGGUUCUCGCGGGGAGUGGAGGAACAGACCAAAGCAUUUCUAGAUGGCUUUAAUGAAGUCGUUCCACUCGAAUGGCUCCGUUACUUCGAUGAGAAGGAGCUGGAGCUGAUGCUGUGUGGGAUGCAGGAGAUUGAUCUGAGCGACUGGCAGAAAAACACCAUCUAUCGCCAUUACACCAAGAACAGCAAACAGAUCCACUGGUUCUGGCAGGUGGUGAAGGAGAUGGACAAUGAGAAAAGGAUUCGACUGCUGCAGUUUGUCACAGGAACCUGCCGGCUGCCUGUGGGAGGAUUCUCCGAGCUGAUAGGGAGUAACGGACCACAGAAGUUCUGCAUCGACAAAGUGGGCAAGGAGACAUGGCUGCCGAGGAGCCACACCUGCUUUAACCGCCUGGACCUGCCGCCGUACAGGAACCUGGAACAGUUGCGUGAGAAGCUUCUGUUUGCCAUCGAGGAGACCGAGGGCUUCGGUCAGGAGUGAGGGCGCAGACUGAGAGGAGGAAACACCAAGCUACACUCCUGAGAUCGGGACAAGACCACAGACAAAUAUAUCGCUUUUACACCAUAAACACAGGAUCUUAGCACUCUUUACAUUCAUUUACGCUAAUUUAAAAUAUAACUAUUACAAUUUUAUUUAUGUAGCACUUUUUAAAAGACCAAACUUUACAGAAUGAAAUGUGCAAAUCACAUAGAAAAACAGUAAAGUGCUGAAAAGCCUUUAAAACCAUUACCACGGCAACACUUCCCGGACCAAAAAUCUUAGGCUUUGUCCCUUUAAGCCUCCAGUAGAUGGCGCCCCAGCUCCUCCAUCCCAUUGUGGGGGGCUCAGCAUCACAACCUUUUAAAUAAAAUGAUUAUAGAUAUAACUCACAGUGAACACAUCGCACCUGGAGACACCACGAGCCUCGUACACACCGACAGAGCGGGGAAGACUAGUGUGUACGUCUCACACACACACAAACACACACACACACACCCAUAGAUCAAAUUGUGUGUGGUGAUCUGGUGUAACCAUGGCAACCAGCAGUGACCUCAAGUUAGGGGGUGUGAACGCAGGUGAAGCGGGUAAAAUGAGCGACACAGAGAGAGAGAGAGUGUGUGUGUGUGUGAGUGUGUGUGUGUGAGUGUGUGUGUGGGUGCACACUAAAAAGGAACAUGAUUUUAUUCCUAAGUUUUGUAUUUGAUUUGUGUUAAUUGUGAGACGGUGUGUGUUAAUGUACAGAGAGUGUGUAUGUGAGCAUGAGGAGAGGAGAGGAGUGUGUGAGU